UUCAAGGCACCCUAGGGCUUGACUCUCCAUAUCUUCUCUUUCGCUUGCAUUUUAAUAGCGUGGGUAUAGAAGGGGUUACAUCAGCAUCGCUUCCUCUGCAUUCUGUUUCUUUCUUUUGCCUUGCCACCAAGCUUCAAGACCCACGUCAGCCUCAGCUACUUGGACAAGUCACCUGGGCUGUGACCUCAACUUUUACUUUCGUCUGUCAUCCACGGGUCUAUACACAUACUCUUUGCUCUACUCCGAAAACUAAAACGACUACUUCUCAACCGAGCACUAGCCAUGGCGGGCGUCGACUUUGCGCGGCUGCGCAUGACGACAAUGAAUGACGGGCAAGAUAGCGAAGUCACAGUGAAUACGAGAGCACUCAUCGACAAAGUGUUGGCCCGUUAUUCGAGCGAACACACGACCCUCCGAGAGCUCAUUCAAAAUGCAUCUGAUGCUGGAGCUAGCACUGUGAUUAUCAGGUUCGAUACAGAUCCUUCCUUAAACGUGCCUGCGCCACAGACUUCCGACAAGGCCGUGCUUCUCAAACACAUUAUUCAGCAUCACACCUUGAAGCGAUUAAUUGUUUCAAAUAAUGGCCAACCGUUCUCGACAGCAGACUGGAGUCGAUUAAAGAGUAUUGCCGAUGGCAAUCCCGACGAGACCAAAAUUGGGGCUUUCGGCGUCGGAUUUUAUUCUGUAUUUGCAGAUUGCGAUGAGCCUUUCGUUGUCUCCGGGGACAGGACAAUGGCAUUUUACUGGAAAGGUAAUACAUUAUCAACCAAGAUUGCAACCUUUCCUUCAGGACAGGCAACUUCCAACACAACCUUUUCGCUCGACUAUCGACAGGCGAAUCCCGCAACUCCAUCAUAUAACCCCUCCAAAAUACCAAAUCUUCCGACUUUGUGUCAAUUCCUGGCCACCAGCUUGACUUUCGUUGGCCUUCAAUCGAUAGAACUUCACGUCGAUGACGUCAAAGUCACUUCUUUUACGAAGAAGAUAUCUCCCCCAUCAGACAUUCAAGUGCCCCAAGGAUUGAGAACUGAGACCGAAGGAGGACUUAUGCGUGUCAAGCAAGUUACUCGCCAACACUCUCAGAUAGAUGCUGAAUGGAAGAACGUUAUUGCAACUGCCCAGGACCCGCCAAAGCGCGCCGCCGAAUUGGUACAUACCGAAGUGAGGAACGCAGGGUCGACUCUGAAGAGCUUUUUCUCCAAGUUCGCCAGCCAACCCACACCAGUACCUAUGAGAAUCAACAAACCUCUACCGGCCUUUGAUAAAACCUCGACAUAUGGUGAUGACAUGUCUGGAGAUUCGAAAGGUACCAUCUUUCUGCAAGUCUUUACGGUUGAGGUUGAGACUCGCGUUUCUCGGAGUUUUGCUGCUGAAAUCGAGCGUGCGACGAAGAAGCCACCGCCACGAAAAACUAAAAUUGCUCUCCUCACGUCUCCGUACCAUGACCCAUCAACUUCUUUGUCACUAGGAUCGGGAACGACGGCUGAGCUCGCAUCCAAAGUAUUCGCCGAAAUUCUCCCUACCAACGCCGGCAGGAUCUUCAUUGGUUUCCCCACCGCUCAAACAACUGGAUUCCUUGCGCACAUAUCAGCUCCGUCGCUUAUUCCUACUGUUGAGCGGGAAAAUGUUGAUAUGAACGCUCGCUACAUAAGCACAUGGAAUAUCGAGCUUCUCCGGGUCGCUGGGUUAGCGUGUCGGAUCUCAUAUGCUUCAGAGAUGGCAACAAUUAAAGAGAAAGUUCAUGAUACCCCGAUAGCGGCCCUGAUCCCCCAGGCAGUGUAUACUUUCCAACAAUAUACUGCUAAUGCAUCUCAUCCAUCUACUUUACUAGGAGAAACGAUCGAGGAAGCCUUUUGGAAUUGCUCAAAGGAGCGCACGAUCGACAUACUAUCUUCGAAAGGUAUCCUACCUAGUCGGUACGUCCGCAUGCCCGCAGAGACUCUAAGUUUCUUGGGGGAAGUCCCUAUGGUGCCCCAAGAACUCGCGACUGGAGCGGUAACAUUUAUGGUUAAGCUUCAUGAGCGCGGCUUCAUCUCCGAACUAACGAUGGCGGACAUCCGCCAAGGACUCGAGUCUAGAGCAUUGAACGAAGAGGAACUGAUGGAAUUCUUAAAAUGGUGCGGUGCCAAAAUAGAGAGCAAAGAGAUUGAUGCUCUAGGAGUCCACAGUCUGUUUGACAUCACAGUGGCAAAUAUCGGGCUCACACCUGGAGACACUACAGUCGGCAAGAUCCUUCAGCUAGGCAACAUAAAAACCUACGUGAAUGCGUCCCGGAUCACGCCUACCUUACCAACUCCUCCAGACACGGUUCCAUUCGCUUUCUCGAAAUCAAUUCCCCCCAAGCAACUGCAGAUGUUUGGUUGGACCGAACUUUCCAUGGUUCGAUGGCUUCAAUUUAUGACAACUGCCCCACUGCUUCAAGAACUAGUCAUAUCCGAUAAACUUGCGUCACAGGUGCUUGGUCUGACAGCGAAGAGUUGGGAUCAACUUGAUGGUGCUUCAAAAGAAGCUAUCAUCAACAUUUUAACCCCUCAUACCAUUAUGCCUACCAAAAUGGGCAUGCGGCGGCCGCAAGAUGCGUAUUUUCCCACUGUCAAAUUAUUCGAGGAUUUGCCUACAGUCAAACCCUUCACGGGCUCAAAAGACAAGUUUCUGCAAGCUCUGGGGGUUCGAAAAACGGUCGACUUGCCUAUGGUCUUCGACCGUAUGAGGACGCAGGAUCCUAAUCAGGCUGAGAAAGCGUUAUGGAAUCAUGAAGAUCUUAUUCGGUAUUUCGCGUCCGUCAUGGACGAGCUACCCAAGAAGGAUCUAGAUCGACUGCGGCUAACCCCCUUUCUUCCUGGAGAAGGCCAGACGGUGCAACAGGGUCAGUUGUUCAAGGCAGAAGAUUUAUAUGCACCAGACCAGGCAAUACUCUCCCUAGGACUUACUCAGGUGAAAUUGCCUUUUGAAUUCCGCCCAAAUACGCGAGAAGGCAUGCUGUUGGUUCGAUUAGGCUUAAAGCAGUGGCCCGGUAGCCCUACGAUUGCUACCAUUCUGCAUCACGCUGGAAAAUCAAAUGACAGGCCAUUGUACACGCUCGCCAUGGAAUAUUUUUUGCAGAACCACUACCGACAUGGAUACGCAGCCGAAAUUAAACAACUCGCGUCCAUCACACAGCCAAUUUUACCGACCGAACAAGUGCCUUUCCCCACACUUGUGGCACCUUUCCAAUGCUUCACUAACGAGCACGCUGCGUGUUUAGGUUAUCCGAUACUCAGGUCAGAUAUAAGGCCCCACGCGGACAAAUUCGGAAUCCAACGAGAUCCAGACAUUAAAGACUGCAUUCAGAAGCUGCUCAAGCAACCUCCGAGAAGCAAGACGGACGCUGAAAUGCAAUUUGCUUAUCUUGCGAGUCGCUCGGGCGACCUUGACCAGCACCAAUCCUUGAUGAAUGACAUUUCCUUUGCCAGGAUCGUGCCAGUAUUCCGCAAAUUUUAUAUAGACCCAGACUCUAGUGGAUUUGAAGACCAUAAGAAACAGCAAACUGGGAAGGCUGAACUUCGUAUUCAUCACUAUGAUCCGCCUGAAACUGUGUUCGUGGGGCGGGAUCAAGAUUACAAAGGUAUUCUUGAUUACGUGCAGUAUGGUCCAGAAGCUACAUCCUUUCUUCUCAAAGUUGGUGCCAAACAUGAACCAAGCAGCCACGAUUUGGCAAUGCUCUUGUCAAAAAACCCAUCAAAGUUUCUGAACACAAUUGGCCAUGAACGGUACCUUGACCUGCUGAGGAAACUCGCAGACCAUGCUGGCAAUCUGUGGAAAGACAAAAACCUUGUACGGACUCUUGUUGCCUCUCCAAUUCUUUUGGGCUACAAGGACAUAAAGAUGGAAGCGAAAAAGCUGGUUCCGGUUGAGGAGGAUGAUUUCGAAGAUCUCGAAGACUCAGACGUUCAACGGGAGUGGUCUCUUAACAAAGCGGACCAGCUAGUAAUUAUCGACGAGGUUCAUCACUACACCAAGUUCCGGGAUUAUGUCAUUGCAACACCUCAAGAUGACUUACUCGAGGAGUUUUAUAGUCGCUUUGGAGUAAAGAAGAUUUCAGACCUCGUCAAGAAGGAUCAGCGUGUUGGCGUAAUUGUUCGCGACCAGAGCCCGGCAAUCAAAUUGAAGAAGGAUAUCCUUGAGCGUGUCCGCCUCUUCUUACACGAAUACGAGCGUGAUGGAUCAUCCAAGAGUAUACGGCACGAUGGCCGAUGGCUUGCCAGUAGCCUAUCCGUUCAAUGCGUCGCCGAUAUUACGAUCAGAUAUUCCCUUGCAGAUCGUGGUGUCGCUACAUCAGAGCACAGGACUGCCGCCGAAGUUAAGCUUCGUGGUACUGGCCACACCCUUUACGUCACACCAAAGUAUGACAUCUAUCAGGUGUCUCGAGAGUUAGUUCGCUUGAUUCUUAGCAGGCCAAAGCAGAAUGACGUUAUUGCGCUUGAACGGAUCUUAACAGAAUCUUUACGAAGGCUGCAAGAAAAGGGUAUAAACGUCGAACGUAUCCUCCGGAGGAAGGAGUAUGAAGCUCGGAUUGCCAAGCAACAGGAGCUUGAAAGGGAACAUGAGGAGCAGCAGCGUCUUGCCGAACAACCGAAAAGUGGACUCAUUCAUUUAGAGACAGCCGAACCACCUGGAACACCGGAGAAAGGUAUUGAUAUGCCUGGAGCUUUUGGCAGCCCCGAAAAUAACAGCUUGGAACUCGCAGAUAAUCAUCGUAGCUCCAGCGACAGAGGAGUCUUCAAUAAUUGGGCUAGGAAACUAGGUCUGAAGAACACUCCCAGUCUAUCUGGCACUGAUGGACCUCAGAUCAACAGAGACAUUCAAGCGACGAGGACCAAUAUCCAGAAUGCUAUCAAAGAAUGCAGACCCACCAACAUGCAAGUUGUCAAGAGCAAACACCACCAAGAUCCUACUGAACUUGACAACGGCGGAUAUUGCACCGGGGAGCAGUGGGAGAACCUUUACAAAGCAUUCACCAUUCCAUACUCUGGCCGACACGUCGAUAUCUACUUUGGCAAGCACCAGAUAGAGAACCCUAAAGACCUUCAAGAGCCCUUGUCCGCCUUUCUACCUCUCGUUUUUGGGCUGGCGUCCAUCUUUGGAGUCGACCCUGCAGCUGUCAGCAUCUUCCUAGACAACAAAUCUAACACGGUGGCGUUCAACCUAAGUGGGAGUCUUUUCUUUAACUUGGCGUGGUUUAUGGCGCUCCAUCAUGCUGCGUAUGGCACGAGGGAGGGACGUCUCAGGGCGUUGGACUCUUGGUUUUUGACGUUUUCGCAUGAAUUAGCGCACAACCUUGUCGCGGAUCACAAUGCUCGCCACUCGUGGUAUCAGCAGCAAAUUGCCAUCGAGUACAGCCAGUCUUUUCGAGCUGCACUUCAGGGCUUUACUCAAGGGCUAUAAAAAUGGCGAGGGUACUUGGCCAGUCCGGGUUUUAUGUGAAGGUAGCCUAGUGUCGUAGAAAUGGUUUCACAGGCUUCAGCUAGGAUAUUGAGGACGCUUCUGAGUAGAUAUUAGCGUCUUUGGACUGCAUUGGAUUGUACAAGGGCAGAAUAGGAAUACUUUCAGAGGUAUUCAAAGAUGGGUAUUGCAUACUGAAGCGGCUUUUCUUGUCUUUGGCUUCCUGCGAAAUUCGCCUCUCUGUUCUCAUCUCUUUAUUAGUUUUUUGUCCUUCAAAUCACAUCUCAGUAUAUCACAAUGCCCAGCCCGUUAUGGAGCCCAAUCAGCUUUGAAAGGUUACAUUAGGUUAUGUUG